GGAAGUUGCGGUUCUUGAUCGAAGCUAUCUCGCGAGAAUUCCUCGCCGACGUCAGAUGACCUUUGGCACAGUUUUGUGUCUGCAGGACUGGAAGGGAGCUGUAGCUUUCGGGGUCCAAGAUGAACAGAGCUCUUAACAAAUCAAAUCUGAAACAUUUGACUGGUCUCCUGCAGAGGUUUCAAAGCACCUUGGUCAUUGCAGAACACAACAAUGAAAAAUUAACUCCUAUUACCCUCAAUGCCAUCACGGCUGCUACUAAAGUGGGAGGAGAGGUGUCCUGUCUGGUCGCUGGAACAAACUGUGCAAAGGUUGCAGAGGAAAUCAGCAAAGUGAAAGGUGUGAAGAAGGUCCUGGUGGCCCAACAUGAUUCUUACAAAGGUGGCCUACCAGAGGAGUUGACUCCACUUAUCCUGCAGACACAAAAGCAAUUCAACUUCACUCACAUCUGUGCUGGUGCCUCAGCUUUUGGAAAGAACCUGCUUCCCAGAGUGGCUGCCAAGUUGGAUGUCGCCCCAGUUUCAGAUAUUAUUGAAGUCAAAUCUUCAGAUACUUUUGUUAGGACCAUCUAUGCAGGAAAUGCCCUCAGCACUGUGAAAUGCAAUGAGCCGAUCAAGGUCUUCACCAUCAGAGGGACGUGCUUUGAAGCAGCUCCAACAGAGGGAGGGGGUGCUGCAUCAGAAGAAGUGUCUGCUUCCUCUCCGGUUGGAAUUUCUGAGUGGCUGAAACAGAGUCUGACAAAGAGUGACCGUCCAGAGCUGACAAGUGCUAAAGUUGUGGUGUCAGGAGGUAGGGGCUUGAAGAGUGGAGAGAACUUCAAGUUGCUUUAUGACCUUGCAGACAAACUGAAUGCUGCAGUUGGUGCAUCCAGAGCUGCAGUGGAUGCUGGCUACGUCCCUAACGACAUGCAGGUUGGACAGACUGGCAAAAUUGUAGCACCGGAGUUGUACAUUGCUGUUGGUAUCUCAGGAGCAAUCCAGCACCUGGCCGGAAUGAAGGAUAGCAAGACUAUUGUUGCUAUCAACAAGGACCCCGAAGCUCCUAUUUUCCAGGUGGCUGACUACGGUUUGGUAGCCGAUCUUUUCAAAGCUGUUCCUGAGAUGACGGAAGCUCUCAGCAAGUGAAGAGAGACAAACUCCCACCAGAAUCUGAGAACGACCAGUCUCCACCUUAAGAAAUAUUUAAAGCUGCGAGUCCUGCUUGCAGAGAAUUUCAUCAUCUUCUCUCCAUUAAUCUCAGUGAAUACAUUGUACUUACCUUUUGGCUGGAGGUUUCCUUUUUUUGCUUACGGUAGUACCUGUAUUAUUUGUAUGCAACUUUUUGGGACAUUAAAGGAGAUCUUUGGAAAUUCUCAA